AACAUAUGACAUUUGAAAUUCAACAAUUAGUGCGUCGCUUCACAUUUUGAACCAUUUUAAAGGAUUUGUGUGAUCCUGUGUGUUUCCUGUGCUACCUGUGGUUGAAAACAGUUUCAUUACGACUCAAAGCAGCAGGCAGACGAUAUCUCAAGAUGCAGAGUCUUGACGGGCUGAGCAAACUCACUUUGAAGGAGUUGUUUUCCUCUCGAGUGGCGCAAUUCAAAAUCGUCAAGGGACCCAAUGGACAUCAGUUGUCAAGUAAAUGCCAUGAGGAUAUAAAGAAAAGGUUGCCUGCGUCGUCAUACGAGGACGUAAUGGCGUGGGUUGGCUCCUGGAUCGCACGCCUCAAUGGGCAGACAGCACCGAAGCAGGCUGACCAGCAAUCAGCAACAGAAGCAGCCGCAAAACAAUCUCCGCCUUUUGUCAUCGAUCUCUGCAGCGACGAAGAUGAGGAUAAAGCUGCAAGCGCCGAGACAAAUGCAGAGACAGAUUCAAGCGCAGAUGGAGAGACGUGCCAGAUCCUAGACAGUAUGCUGGCCAGCGAGUCUAGCCUGUCAAAACCAUCCUCGUUGAUCAUCCACGAUGACGAGCUGGGCGACAUUAAUCUUCAGGACUACGAAGACCACAUUGAUGGCAAGCUGGAUGGGGAAACCCUGAAGAAGCGUGCCACGAAGCAACCGAUUGCGAAAAGACUGAAACAGUUUUCCAUCAAAUUGAAGGGUCGAACUUAUCAAACAAAGCAAAGAGAGAAACAGAACAAGAUCAGCAUUGGCAAGGCACUAGAGCAGUCAUUGUCAGAAGUACGCGAGGACCGAUUUCAGCUGAAAAGCAAUGAUGGCAAGGCAGCAGAGGAGACCAUCACAGGAGUAGGCAGUGACAGAUUGCAGCUGAAAAUCAGCGAUGGCAGGAUGGCCACUGGCAAGGCAGCAGAGGCGACCAUCCCAGGAGUACGCAGUGACCGAUUGCAGCUUAAAACAAUGAUGCCAAGAAGACCACUGGCAAGGCAGCAGAGGAGACCAACACGGACCGAUUGCAGCUGCAAACCAAAUGCGACAGGAUGACCAUCAUCCCCGACAAGGCAGCAGAGGAGUUCGUCAUAAUAAUCCAUGACAGCCCCAAGCAAUCUAUGCCGCAACCCUGCUUCGACAGCAUAACCGUCAGCCCUGCCCUGCCACCAGAGCAGCCCACCAAGACAGACCACAGGAGCAUUGCUGCACCGAAACUAAACGUAGAAAGGAUCACCGUCAGCCCUGAAAAGGAACCAACUAAGCCCACCAUAAGAGUACGCAGCGACCUAAAGCCAAGGAGCAAAGUCCCAGCUCCACUUGUAACUACUUCAGCUGCCGAAUCUCCAGACUCCACAUGCUUGGCUGGCAAUGGGAAGCGAAAGGAGUGCGACACAACGACAGAGAACGAGCAGAGCCUGGCCAAGAAGCCAAACCUUGAGCUGGAGCGUAACAAUCCGUUGGUGUAUCUGCAGUUGCCCACCAUCCAGCUGCUGCUGGACCAGGUGAAACACUUUGCGAUCGGCCAGAGGAAUGCCGAGGCGGUGAGUCUCAUCUUCAGGCUGCGCCAAAGCCUACAGGAAACAGAGCAACAGAUCUGGAAUGCACAGAACCUACGCCAAGCAUAGCACGAGAGAACGCUGGCAGGAAGUAUUAGAAUCUUAGUUCGUAGGCGCUUAGCCUACGAUGUUCAUUUGUAGAGAGUAAGGAAAUUUAGUUAGGCUUUAAGACUACGCCACAUGUGCCCAAAGUUGGAUAGGUCUAAGGCGAGACACUCUUUUUGAGGCUAUUUGCAUAUAUUAUAUAUUUAUGAUUGUAUUAUUAUAAUUAUAUUAUUAUACAUGCGUUUAUUGGUAUAUUUUCAUCGUCUUUAAUGUAGACAUCUUUACUUGUCACUUUUUGUUCUUUUCUAUUUGUUCACAUCACUUUUUUGCAC